AUGGCAUGCAUUUUGUUCAUUCUAAUUUCUGUCCUGGGCCUGAUAAUUCAUUCAGAAGGAAAAACAGAAGAAAUAAACAAUAUGCACUUUGUUGACGCCACAGCACUACCUCAGAAAAUAAUGCUCACCUGCAAUACAUCUAAGGAGCAAAGUGCAUUGGUUUAUUGGGUGAAAAAUAUGAAAUUGGAAGGAAAUGGCAAGAGUUUGGAAAAAACCAUCCGGGGAUACCCAGAUGCUGGUGAAUACGUUUGUAGGAGCAACACCACAGAUGCUAUUUUAAGUUACAGUACCGUGUAUAUUAAGAAGACAAAUGACAAAGGCGAAGUAGCUGAGUCAAUUCUCAGUCCUUUUAAAGGUAAGCCUGUCAACAGACCCUACUUCAAAUGUACAGCAAACAAUUACUCUGGGAACUUCAAGUGCUUUUGGAAACCACUCGAGCAGAAUUCAAAUUUGAAAUUUGGAAUUAAAGUCACAUCAGAGAAUGCAGUCUGUGAUGAACCCAUUAGACCAGAGGCAGGAAUGUACACUGCUUCCUGUAGAAAAGGAAUUCACUGCCCAUCCACUGAGGAGUUCGAAGAAACUGGGAUUGCUCUAGAGGUUUUCCAUGGAUUUGAAUAUGAAGAACAUACUCACAACUUCUUCAUCAAAGACAUUUUAAAGCCUGAUGCUGUUGAGUGCCACAUGGAGAACAGCCUAUUGACUUGGACACCACCCAAAACCUGGAGCACUCCAGCUAGUUACUAUAGGCUGACAUACCAAAUCAAGAUUGUUCAGCAUCAACUGAGAGACCGGAUUUGUGAGGUUGACAAUGCUAUGCUGCUUCAAGGUGGAAACUCCAUAAGCUGCAGAUUGUAUCGUCGUGGAACAAUUUAUAUCCGUUCCAGGGAUCACUAUAACAAAAAAUCAGCUUGGAGUGACUGGUCUGAGCCUUGCAGAAAGCAAUCUGGCAAGCAGGACAUACACAAUGAAGAUGGAGUUAAAAUUAGGCAAUGUGAGUGUAAGAAGAACUGA